AUGAACAAGGUCCCUACUCGAAUUGACGGAAGAUUUAAACUAGAAGAUAUUCUGGGAUCUGGGUCAUAUGCUGUCAUGUACCGCGCAGUGAACUUCCUAAAUGACGAUGUAGUAGCCAUCAAACUUGAACCUCCCGAUUCCAUACCUUCUGUGGAGUGUGAAUACCGCAUCCUUAAACAACUCGAAGGUGGAGUUGGGAUUCCCCGCGCCCUUUGGAGACCAGCUACUCUCACUGUCUUGACCAAACCUGCCUUUCUUGUCGAUUUUGGUAUCGCAAAGAGGUACUGGAACAUUACCACUGAAACCCACGUGCCAUUUUGCCAAGGUCAACAUCUCACAGGUACUCCUGCAUUCGCUUCAAUCAAUAACCACUUAGGAUUGGAGUUGUGUCAUUGUGAUGAUCUUGAGUCACUUGCAUACAUGUUGAUCUAUUUCUUGCAUGGCUCCCUUCCAUGGCUAACUAGCGACGAUGAGGAGCUCUCCAGCUCUUUCAUACUCGAGCACAAGGUGGAUACCACCAUUGCAGAUUUAUGUGCUGGGAUUCCUGCUGAAUUCACAAAUAUUCUCGUAUACUCACAUGCUCUCUCAUUUUCAGAGGAUCCUGACUACAACCACUUGCUUUGUGGUCUUUGUGCUGCAGAGCCUGCACCAGCUACAUGUUCACUAGAUUUUAGUCAGCCCAAUGCUCCUAUCAUAAGUUCUCCAAUCUCCAACAAUGUAGCUGAGAUCACCCCCCUGUGUAUAUCAAAGGCUACGCCUCUUCAUAAAUCAACUCAUAUUUUACGCCCCUGCAAUGACUCCCUAUUCCCUGCAACUACUUUUACCCCACAUCAGAAAAAGAAUGUAGUAUAA